GGUGCGUUUUACCAUUUUAAUGGCGUUUCUGAGCCUGACCGGGGCUUGACUGUUGUCGUGUCGAGUCAGUAACAGUUAUUGAGUCAAACAGUAAAGAGUCAGUGCUUACUGGAGCAAGAGAUGGAGACGAAGAGCGGCAACGCUAGCUCAACGAUGAUACUCCAUAACGCGGUGAUAGUUACAAUGGACAACGAAAGCAGAGUAUUUCGAAACGGAGGCGUUUUUAUUGCACGAGAUCAAAUCAAAGCCAUCGGUCAAUCUGCCGAUAUUCUUCGACAGUUUUCCUCGUUGACCGAUCAACUCGUCGAUCUUCACGGCCGAAUCCUACUUCCUGGAUUGAUUAAUACUCACGUUCACACAUCUCAACAACUAGCAAGAGGGAUAGCUGAUGACGUGGAUUUGAUGACCUGGUUACACGAUCGAAUCUGGCCUUAUGAAUCUAACAUGACCGAAGAAGAUUCUUACAUCUCCACUUUACUCUGCGGAAUUGAACUCAUUCACUCUGGUGUUAUGAUAAGGGUGCAAAGGCCGUUAUAA